AUGGGCGGUGGAGACGAAGCACCUCUCUAUCCGACCGAUGCUUUCGUCCAGAAGCAGUCGAAGACACAUUACCAUAUUCCCGUGCGCUCCCAACAUUGGCAGCUACGGUCCCUCAUCAGCGUGGAACGUAGAAAUAUUUUAUACUUCCCCGGUGGGACGAAGAACAACCACAUCUUAAAGCUCGACACCGAUACCAAUAACCUCGAAACCGUCAGGAUCCUCUCGUUUUCGCCCAGAUGCCUAGUUGCGAAAAAUGGCUGGGUGUGUUGCGGCGGAGAAACCGGCGAGUUCACCGCCGUUCGCCUCGACCGACGUCACGAGCCUGGGGAUCUUGAUAUGCAGCUCGACCUCGACCCAGAUGCGCGACUUCCAUUAAGUCUUGAUCACCCAAUGAGCGAGUCAUCUAUGCCCUCUCUACUAGAGCGAGCCGCUAGCCGGUCCAAGCUUCUCAUGGCGAAAAGUAUGAAGCUAGUUCGAGACCGUGUCAACUGUAUCACGCUUUGGUUCCCGCCCGUGGACAACCCGCCCUGGGACGGCGCACACUCUGAACCCGUCGCCGUUCUCGCCAACAACGACAAGACGGUGGCUAUCGUAAGCCUAAAUGAUUUUGAAGACAACGAGAAAAUUGACCCUCUCCAUACCCUGACGUACCCCGACUUCGUCAACCGAGCACUUAUUUCCCCAGACGGCCGUCUUCUCAUCGCCAUCCUCGACGACCCUUACCUCUAUGUUCACGAACGUAUCGAGUCAACUUCGGGUGGUCAGAAGCAAUACAAGUGGGAAUACCGCGAUUCCUACCUCCUCAAGAGCCAACGACGAAAUGAUGUCUCACAAAGCCGCGGCAGUUUUGCUGCUUGCUUCUCCAACUCGGGCGCUUACCUAGCCGUUGGGACCCAAUACGGCACCAUCUCUAUAUUCGACGUAUCCGGCUUCACAGAUCGGGCCAAGAAUCCGUUCAUCACCUCCUUCCAGUCCUCGCGUCCGGAAACCUUGGUCGGUGCCAUCCGAGACAUGGCGUUUUCUCCCGGUCCUUAUGACUUACUCGCCUGGACUGAAGACCGUGCAAGGGUGGGCAUCGCCGACAUUCGAAACGGAUUCAUCUAUCGCCAGCACAUCGAUAUUGGCGACAAGGAAGACGGCGGCCAGCAAAUUAGGAUCUUUGACGGAAAUGCGAUUGACCCUCGGCUUCUUCGACAACGCAGCGACCGAGACGACCGCUCUCCCAACGGCUUUGCAACUACCGCCUCAACCUCAGAUCGUCUCCGGGACGAUCGGCCCCGCUACGACUCUCCACUAGCCGGACGCGAAUCAUCUAGGACCGAGUCCCCCUCUCUAGAGAGCAGCCCCGGCCUCAGCAGGGCCAUCGACCUCUUCCUCGGCAGCACCAUUGACCGAGCCGCCGCACGAGCCGAGCGGGACCAGGAGGCAAACGGCAGCUCCCAAAGGCUGCCUGCUCAAAAUGCGGCGAGUACUACUCCGGGCGACCCUCCCAUUCCCCGAUCCAACCGGUCGCGGCGCAGUGACUGGGGACUCCAUCGCUUCGACGAUCUAGAGGCUUUGUACAGCCUUGCCUACGGUAGCCCCUCUGAUCCCAUCCGCAACGACAAUGACAACACCAACAAUAACAAUAGGCGUGACCGCACUCCCUUUGUCGCUUUCCUUUCGGAUAGGGAGUUUGACAACCUCAUGCGAAGGGGUAGUAGUAUCGACGACCGCGAGGUUCACCAGGUGCCACCCCAACCCGACAACACAUCGGGUCUAGCAUGGAGCGAGGAUGGGCGGCUGCUGUUUGUGGGUGCUCAAAACGGCAUCUACGAGUACCGCGUUAACAUCAUGGGCCGAAAGCUUCAGCCGAGCAUCACUCUCCGCUAA